AGAUCCCCCCAAAUGUAACCUCAUUUCAUUUUUCAACGAUUACGCCAAACCCCCUAGACCUGGUAAACCAUUUCAACUUGUUUUGUUCUAUUCUUGAUAUCAUAUUUAGCUUUCCUUUGGUUUCUGUUUUGUGUGUGCCAAGCUUUCACUUGCUGAAUUUUGAGAUCCAAGGAUUGUUUGUAUUUUUUUCUCUGGUAGAAUAGACGACGAGCUUUUAGUUGGUAAUCCAUACCUGGGUCUGACUAUUUUCGUGAGGUAUAGUUGUUCAAGUUUUGAUUUUGAUUUUUUUUUUCUGAUGAAAGUUCAAGUUUGAUUUUUGAUGUAUAAAUAUUUUCCCUGAAAAUUGAAGAGGAAAAUAUUGGGAGUUUUGUUUACAUUAGGAAGAUCAAACCUUUAUGAGUUGAUCGGUUUUGUAUAUAGAUGUGAAAGCUAGUGAUUGUAGUAUUUUGAAGGAGAGAUUUAACUGUAAGAGUAGAUGGGUAAUACUUGUGUAGGUCCAAGCGUUUCCAAAAAUGGGUUUUUCCAAUCGGUUUCCGCCGCAAUAUGGCUGAACCGAUCACCCGAUGGAUCGGUUUCUCAUAUGAAUGGCGAAACUGAAGGUGAGAUAGCUGCUAAAGAACCCGAAUCACCAUUACCAGUUCAAAACAAACCUCCGGAACAAAUGACAAUGCCGAAAAUCGAUACGAAACCGGAAACUAAAUCUGCAAAAUCUACUAAACCCAAGUCCAUCAAGAGGAUGUCCAGUGCAGGGCACAGGACUGAGUCAGUGUUACAAACAAGGACUGGAAAUUUCAAGGAAUAUUAUAGCCUGGGGAGAAAAUUGGGACAGGGGCAAUUCGGGACGACGUUCCUUUGUGUGGAGAAGUCUACCGGAAAAGAGUAUGCCUGCAAAUCGAUUGCAAAGAGAAAGUUGUUAACCGAUGAGGAUGUAGAGGAUGUGAGAAGAGAAAUUCAAAUAAUGCACCACUUGGCAGGGCAUCCGAAUGUUAUAUCAAUAAAAGGGGCUUAUGAGGAUGCAGUGGCAGUUCAUGUUGUUAUGGAAUUAUGCGCCGGUGGAGAGCUUUUCGAUAGAAUUAUUCAGCGCGGACACUAUACGGAACGGAAGGCAGCCGAACUUACGAGGAUUAUAGUCGGUGUUGUGGAAGCUUGCCAUUCUUUGGGGGUUAUGCAUAGAGACCUUAAACCAGAGAAUUUCCUUUUUGUCAACCAGCAGGAGGAUGCACCUCUCAAAACAAUUGAUUUUGGAUUAUCCAUUUUCUUUAAGCCAGGUGAAAAGUUUACAGAUGUGGUUGGGAGCCCAUACUAUGUUGCCCCGGAAGUUUUACGAAAGCAUUAUGGUCCCGAAGCUGACGUCUGGAGUGCAGGAGUAAUUCUUUACAUUCUCUUAAGUGGAGUUCCUCCUUUUUGGGAUGAAGAAGAGCAAGGUAUAUUUGAACAGAUCUUGCAUGGUGAUCUUGAUUUUGAGUCGGACCCUUGGCCUAGCAUCUCCGAAAGCGCAAAAGAUUUGGUGAGGAGAAUGCUCAUUCGAGAUCCCAAGAAACGGUUAACUGCACAUGCUGUUUUGUGCCACCCUUGGAUACAGAUUGAUGGUACUGCUCCUGACAAGCCUCUUGAUUCUGCAGUUUUAAGUCGUUUGAAGCAUUUUUCUGCAAUGAAUAAGCUCAAGAAAAUGGCCCUUCGAGUGAUUGCAGAGAGCCUCUCCGAAGAAGAAAUAGCUGGCCUCAAAGAAAUGUUCAAGAUGAUAGACACGGACAACAGCGGUCAGAUCACCUUCGAAGAACUUAAAGUGGGAUUGAAAAGGGUUGGAGCUAAUCUUAAGGAGUCGGAAAUUUAUGAUCUUAUGCAAGCAGCUGAUGUUGAUAAUAGCGGCACGAUCGAUUACGGGGAAUUUGUAGCUGCAACGCUGCACCUAAACAAAAUCGAGAGAGAAGAUCACUUGGUCGUGGCCUUUUCGUACUUCGAUAAGGAUGGUAGUGGUUAUAUUACUCCGGACGAGCUCCAGCAAGCUUGCGAGGAGUUUGGCAUAGAGGAUGUUCGCCUUGAAGAAAUGAUACGCGAAGUCGAUCAAGAUAAUGAUGGACGCAUAGAUUACAACGAGUUCGUGGCGAUGAUGCAUAAAGGACAUGUUGCCACAAACGGGGCCGGUGCCGGAGCCGGUAAGAAAGGACUACAAAAUGGUUUUAGCAUCGGAUUCAGAGAAGCAUUGAAACUUUAGCAUAGGCAUCCCAUC